GGGGCGGGCAGCCCGGGCCGGGGGUGGAGUGUCUGACAGUUGGCGCCGCCGGGAGGGAGGGCGGGCGGCGCGAGUGGGCGCGGGCCCGGUGGGCCAGGCUCCAGGGAGCAGUGUCAGGGCCAGGGAGACGAUGGUCUCCGUGACUAUGGGUGAGUCUGUGGCCUUCUCUCCAGGGCCCCCUCUCCCCACUGCCCUUUUUGAGCCACUUCCGAGUGGAUCCAGUUCUUUAAGGAAGCCGGCAUUCCUCCAGGACCUGCUGUCAAUUAUGCCGUGAUGUUUGUGGAUAAUAGGAUUCAGAAGAGCAUGCUGCUGGAUCUCAAUAAGGAGAUCAUGAAUGAGCUGGGCGUGACCGUGGUGGGCGACAUCAUCGCCAUUCUCAAGCAUGCCAAAGUGGUGCACCGUCAGGACAUGUGCAAAGCUGCCACUGAGUCAGUGCCCUGCAGCCCCAGCCCCCUUGCAGGCGAGAUUCGCCGUGGCACUAGUGCUGCCUCCCGAAUGAUCACCAACAGCCUGAACCAUGACUCCCCACCCAGCACACCCCCCAGGCGCCCAGACACCAGCACCUCCAAGAUCUCGGUCACUGUGUCCAACAAGAUGGCAGCAAAGAGUGCCAAGGCCACUGCAGCCCUGGCCUGCCAGGAGGAGGAGAGCCUGGCUGUUCCUGCCAAGCGGCGCCGGGUCACUGCUGAGAUGGAGGGGAAGUACGUCAUCAACAUGCCCAAAGGCACCACACCCCGCACCCGCAAGAUCCUGGAGCAGCAGCAGGCUGCAAAAGGUCUCCACAGGACGUCUGUGUUUGACCGCCUCGGCGCCGAGACCAAGGCAGACACCACAACGGGAAGUAAACCCACAGGAGUCUUCAGCCGCCUGGGGGCCACCCCAGAAACGGACGAGGAUCUGGCUUGGGACAGCGACAAUGACAGCAGCAGCUCUGUCUUGCAGUAUGCCGGGGUCCUGAAGAAGCUAGGACGGGGCCCAGCCAAGGCCAGUCCCCAGCCAGCACUGACUGUCAAAGCCAAGGCCACGAGCUCGGCGACAACGGCCGCUGCCCCGACACUGCGGCGCCUGGCGCUUUCCUCACGGUCCGGGCUUGAGAGGAAGCCGGAGUCCUUGUCUAAAGUCAGCAUCAUCAAGAGACUGGGCGCAGCUACCCUUGUGCCCGAGGCCCAGGACAGCCAGGUCACCAGCACCAAGAGUAAGUCCUCAGCUGAAGUCAAGGUCACCAUUAAGAGGACUCUGGUGGGGCCCCGGGGGAGCAGCUCCAGCGAGGGCCUUGGUGCCCAGAUGGACCACGCGGGCACUGUGAGCGUGUUCAAAAGACUGGGCCGCAGGACCUUCUAGCCCACGUGUGGGCGGGGUGCAGGCAGCAGAGCCCGUGGGCAUCUGCCCUGGCCGCCCCAGGCUCCUGGCUUCAUCACGCCUCCCACCAGCUCCUGGAUGACACAACUUGUCUCCCUCGGGCUCUAGAGCUAGGCCCGAGCAUUCGGGGGAUCACCCCAUUUCUCCUAGCCUGGGAUGGUCGUUGCAGCUGGCCUGGCCCGCUCCAGGACUCCCCUUCUCUCAUGUCCUCUUUGCUUUCUUCUCUGGCUGUGGCCUUGGCAGAACCCACUUUUCUACCUCUCCCAAGUGCCAGGGGCCCUCUUCCUCUCCUAUAUUCCCCUUCCUCCCCUGAGCACGGUCUGCUGCCUCAGACCCCAGCUUAUCAGCCCUCCCUGCCCCCCUCAACUGAGUGGGUGUCACCUGGAGGGCCUCCCUUCCCCCACUCCCCACUGACCUCCCUCAUUCCUCUGCGCCUCUGCUGUGACUUCUCUCUCUCCCUGUCUUCACUCUGUUCAUUUCUCUUCUAUUUUCUGUCCCCGUGGCAAGGCCCGACUGUCUGCUGCGUCCUGCCCGACCCUCCUGUACCUCCGGCCUCCCAGCGGCCCCCUCGUCGGCGGUGGCGUCGAGCCUGUUGAGACUGUUAGCCGCCCUCCACUCCCAGGCUGGAGGGACCUCUCCAGACCCUGGGCUGCGGUCGAGGCGCAUCCGUUUUCCUGCCCUGGGCGUCUUUGUCUCUGAAAGUCUAUGGCGGGUGGUGGGCAAGGGGCACUGAGAAGGGAGGCCAGUGCCUAGAGUGAAGACAGCUGCUGUUUUAAUAUAUUUUUUGUGACUUUCAAAUCA